AUGUCCGGCACAUCGUCAUGCAGCAGUGCAACUACACCAACAGUUGAAGGCGACGAACUCAGAGACGGAGAGUUUGACCAUGAUGAAACACCAGAGUCACUGGCUGCAACUCGAGAGAAGAAGGGUAGCAACCUCAAACUUCCCAAGGAAAUCGGUGCCACUGCAGGAACCAAGUCAGCGCGAGUCACUGCUAAUAUGGGCUUGACGUUGAUGCAAAAGGGAGCCGACGAUGCUGUUGUGGAAGAAAUCAAGCGCUCAGAAGAUAAAUCAAAGCCACUCAAGAAGUUAAAGCUCGAAGACUUACCUUUUGUAGAUAAGAAGGAUAAUGAGAUAUGGGCCCGACUAAUUUGUGCGCUGAUCGAUUGGGCUGGGACAACCACCGAUCCCUUCGGGACGAACGAACACCCAGAGGUCUCUAGCAGGCUGCAGGAAUUGUGGGAUCUUCUCUUUGGCCACAACAAGGUCGACAUUACUAAGUGUCCUGCUAUCAAGAAAGUGGCAACGGACCAGCUGAAUGAGUGGCGGAGUAUGCUUGGGAAAAACGCCAUGAAGAUUCUCGAACGUGAACUCAAAAAAGCAGAAUACCGAGUUGAUACCAAUGCUCGGAUCAAAUAUGUCCAAGAUCGCCUGCCUCAAAAAAUAGAAGGUCAAAAAUGUGUGCCAUUCAUUUACGCGGAUCACCAGAGUCUGAAAGGAUCGUGGUUGGCUCCCAUGCUCCUGGAGUUACUUGCGACACAUGCGAGGCAUUGUGGAACAUCAUUUCAGGCAUUCGGGAAACCUGCAGGUGCAUUGGGGGUUUGCGCAGCUGCGGUGCACCGCACGCUAUUUUUGUACAAGGAUGGUGAUUCUGCGAAAGAAGCUGCCAAGGAGGUGAAGCGUGCCGGUCUCCCUUCCCAGCCCACGAGAAAAGUCUCCUUCGAUUCGGCAUGGGGCAGUGUUGCUAUGCAGUACUCACUCCAGACGGCUCAACUCCCUGAUAAAAAGUGGGAUCAGAUUGUAGAUGGCAUGUGGAAGCUGGUAGGUGAAGACUCUCUGGCCCAUCGUGUCCAUGUUGCCUCGGAUGACGACUCUAUGGAUGUCCGUGAUGCCAUUCCACUCUCAGACGACAACGAAGAGAAUUCUUAG